AUGAAGGGGAUUCAGAGAUUUGGAAAGAAAGGAAAACUAUGCCCCGGGUUUAUUGGUCCGUUCGAGAUAAUUGAAAGGGUAGGUCAAGUAGCCUAUCGGCUAGCCUUACCCCCUACUUUAUCUGGAGUUCACAACAUGUUCCAUGUCUUAAUGCUUCAGAAGUAUAUGUCUCAUACAACACAUAUUCUGAGUUACGAGGACAUUGAACUUCAGACGGACUUAUCAUACAAGGAGCAACCAGUUCAGAUCUUGGAUAAGAAGGAGAAAGUGUUGCGGAACAAGACUAUUCUGCUAGUUAAAGUGUUGUGGAGGAACAACAAGGUUAAAGAAGCGACUUAG